GUGGCCUCAGCGUAAGGGUUGUAGCCGGGCGGGCCAGGCCGACCCGGAGCGCCCGGCGUCCCCGCCCCGCGGCGCCCACGGGCAUGGCGCGGCACCUGUUCCUCACCGGGCCCCCAGGAGUUGGCAAAACAACCUUGGUCCAGAAAGCCAGCGAGGCCCUGCAGUCAUCCGGGGUCCCUGUGGAUGGAUUUUACACCCAAGAAGUCAUACAGGGAGGGAGGAGGAUUGGAUUUGACGUGGUCACGAUGUCUGGUGCUCGAGGGCCCCUGUCCAGAGUUUGCCCACAGAUUCCAUCCGGGAAGCACGAGUACCGAGUGGGGCAGUACCUGGUGGACCUGGCUUCCUUUGAGCAGCUGGCGCUGCCGGCCCUAAGAAACGCUGGUUCUGGCCGUGCCUCCGGGCACAAGGUGUGCGUCAUCGACGAGGUCGGGAGGAUGGAGCUAUUCAGCCAGCCUUUCAUCCAGGCAGUCCGCCGGGUACUGUCCACGCCGGGCACUGUGGUCCUGGGCACCUUCCCGGUCCCCAAAGGGAAGCCGCUGGCCGUAGUGGAGGAGAUUGAGCACCGGUGUGAUGUGAAGGUUUACAAUGUCACCAAGGAGAACAGGAACAUCCUCUUGCCAGACAUCGUGUCCUCCCUGCAGAGGAGCCAGCCCUGAAGCAGCAGCUCAGCCCACCACCCUUGGCGGCGUCCCGGUAUACCCCCACCCCCGUGUCAGGUUCACCCAGCGCCCGGAGGCCAUGAGCCGCCCACUGUGUCGUGUGCUCAGGGCUUCUGUCUGCUUCCCUGUGCAGUUGUGCAUGUGACUUGAGUAAAUUCUGAAGUGAG